AUGUUUUACUUAGAUUCGUAUACUUUUAAGACACGGCAUAAGCUCUAUGCCGAAGCUGAAGCUCUCAUUAAGGAAAAGAAGAAAGCAAAGUUAGCUGCUCUCGAUGAUGAAACUACCAAAAGUUCCACAAAGAAAAGAAGAUUGAGAAAUUCCGAAAGCGUUGUUAAAGGUAAGAAACGCGCAAAAACCAAGCGAAAAGCAUCUUCCAGCACGAACACUACCAAGUGCAAGUCAUGUGGAGAACUCGGACAUGGAAGCAAAAGAAGUCCAUUAUGUCCUAAUCAUGAAUGGACAUUGGAGGAAACCAUAACAAGGAAAUUGGGUAGUUUUGAAAGGUUCACUAUUUCAGUGCCGUUAGAAACAUUUGUUACGAAUCCUGCCAAUUUUGCCCCCUGCCUUGAACGUGUGUUGGAAAAGUCAGCCUUUCUGCGAACAGUGGUCGUCAAGGCACAAUUCAUUGUCAACCAUUACAUUCUUACGUAUCAUAAGCAUGUAACAAACGCGUUGUUUGAGCAAACUUCUGGUUUCGCAGAGGCAUAUUAUACGCUCUUGAUACAUCAUCAUGAAGUCAAUAUUUCAGUAUAUUGUGGUUAUUUGGCAUAUUACGGCCAGACUGUAUCGUCAGCAUGUAUCACUUUGGCCACAACAUAUGAAAACUAUUAUGUUGAGAACUUUGAAGACACGAUGGCAAAAUACUUUAUCUAUUAUCUUCGCCUUCAUUACCCUGAUUUCAAUGUUGGCCCUAUCAAAGGCCUUGUUUAUAAUGAGCUCCUUGAUUACAUUUUUCUUCAGCCAGCCGGCCAACUUUUCAACAUCAAUCCCACUACUGCUCCUAGAGAGUUUAUGCCGUUCAUCACAGAGAUGGAGCAUCUCCUAAAUGCUGCUUCAAGACCAAUAAGAAACCACCUUCCAACCAUACCAGCCAACAAAGUAUCUGUCUCCUCUAAUCCCUCAAUGCUGAUACCCCUCUACCAUUAUAUUAUUCUGCAGUACGAGGAUUUUCAGUUGCGGGAUGUAUUAGAACAAUUGGAUUUCGAAGCGUACAAGCUUCAAAACCCUGGCAUUGUUGGCCAUCAAUUUCCUGCCCGUUUGACACCGACCAAAUUCGCCAUGUUUCCAAACCCAAGGAUGAAAUGGCGGUUUAUAAAACUGGAUUCUCAAAACCUUCAUCACUUCUUUCCGUAUGAUCGUUUGGCGAAACUGGACUACGAAACAGAAAUUGACUACAUUUCAAGGUGUUUCUUUCGAUACUUUAACUUCACAAUAUUCAAAAUAGAUAGCAUUGAAGAGUUCAUUAAUUUACCUACAGGUAAAAAUAAAAUGUUCAUCUACUGCAUCUAUACCGACGGAUACACAUGUCGGAUUGCCUUUGCUAGAAAGACUACCAGUAGCAUUAUUGGAAAUGUACAAUUGAGCAUAUACGACUUCACCGAAGAGGAAAUCAAUAAUCACUUCCGUCCCUGUGCUGUAGACCCCAGGCGCAAAGAUGCGUUUGUUUCGUACCAUGGAGGAACAGGUGUUAGAAAGUGUUCAUCUCAAGAGUAUUACCAAGCCAUGGGAUAUAAGGGCAGGAUGAAGAUAGAAGAAGAAUUGAAACAGCAACAGGGUAUCAAAACCAUAGAGUCACUAAUCCCAUCUGUUAAAACAACAUCUGCUAGCCGCUAUCGUGAUCAUAUACAGUAUAUGUGCGCACAUAUGACUAUUCUGCAUCAGUUCUAUGGAUACAGAACCGCAGAGCUGAACUGGAAGAAUUUUCGUGGAAGACAAGUAUCCUUAGAAUAUGCUACAAACAUACUGCUGAAUGGAGGAAAGAAAUAUAACCCGCAGAAGAGAUCACGGCAUAUGAGUAAAAGCAAAACAAUCGCCGAAAUCCCGGCAUAG